UCUGUCCCCAUGACUCAGCUGUAUUGUCCCACCUUCCAUCCUACAACUAGCUUUUUUCUUUUUUUAAAACUGGAGUUAUCCACCAAUGCUGCAGUUUAUUUUAUCAAACUAUUAUACACAUCAUCUCUAUUGUUCCUUUACCAGUCCGUCACUCAGAUUUGAAAUAUUUUACAUGCUUGAACUUAACCAUAGAGACUUUGCUGUGUUUGAGGUUACUGGUGAGAUAGUCACACGUUCACCUUUCAGCUCUGUGCUCAUUUGAAGAGAGGCCCCUUCUCCCUGUCUGCAUGGUUCAUGUUAUCAGUGCCAGGGAAUGAGCCUGUGUUUAAUGACUGAGCCCUUAUCUGGGUGAAGGAGACUUAGCGGCUAAUUGCUGUGAUUGCUGAGAUCCCCCAGGCGAGAACGACUGCAGCUCUGAGGUGGUUUGGGGGCUGUGGCUGGCAAGCAUCACGUGCUUUACCAUGGGCUCUAGGGAGCUGCAUUGUCCUUGGGAAGAGGCCAGAGGAAAAGAAGUGAGAAAAGGAGAGGAUGGUUGUUGUACUGCAGCAGAGUCAGCAUGCAAAGAGAACAUGCAGGAUAGGUCAGACUCCUCAAGAUUUCUGUGGCCAGUGGCGGUGGCAGCAUUCCAACCCUGGCAGCUACUACAAACAAAGUAAAACACACCCGUUAACAAUCACAGCCUGCUGCCCCCAAAGUGGCUCAUCCUCCAGGAUAUCCAGUCUUCACCCUCCUAGCUUAUUUAGCUAUGCGUCUACUGCCAUCAUUCUCUCCUGCCUACAGUGUCAAUCUGAUUAGUGGCCUUCUGGGGGCUGCAGCUUGUGGCUUCCUGUGCAUGACUGUCUGCAGAUUGACAGGUCCUGGUCCUGGUGCAGUCCUGGCUGGAGGUUUGUUUGCUGUAUCCAGGCUCAGCUGGCAGUGGUCCAUGGUGGCAGAGGUCUUCACACUCAACAACCUAUUUAUUGGCCUUAUCUUUUUCUUGACUGCCAGCUUCCACUGUGCUGAAAACUCCAACCAGAGGAGGAAGAUUGCACGUUGGGGGGCGUUUUGUUGUGGCUUAGGGCUCUGUAACCAGCACACCCUGGUGCUAUAUGUGCUGGUUGUCAUUCCCUGGGUCCUCAAUCGACUGUAUUCUCUAAAGGAGUUGUCUUUGUAUAACCUGCUCCUUCUGGGACUGUGCUUCAUUGCUGGCUUUUUACCGUACAUCUACCUGCCCAUCUCAUCCUACCUCAACGUUGCCCGCUGGACAUGGGGGGACCAGACUACCCUGUCAGGUCUGCUGACCCACCUACUGAGGGCUGAAUAUGGCACAUUCAGUCUAGCAAAGACGGAGAGCUCUGUGGGCAUGACCAAAAUGCUACAGGCCCAGUUUGACCACUGUCUGGCAGAACUUUCACUUCCUGUUUUGUUACUGGCAGGGAUAGGCUUUCUCCUCUCCUCGUGGGACAGGAUGUAUCGCUCUGUGUCCUGGCUGCUGACUGCAAUGAUGUUAUUCUAUUUGCUGUUUUUUGCAUGGAGAGCCAAUCUGGACAUUAGCAGACCUUUACUGCUUGGAGUGGUUGAGCGCUUUUGGCUGCAGAGUGAUGCUGCAGUGUGUGUGCUGGCUGGCCUCGGCUUGAGCCUGACUUGCACUGUGCUGGAGAGGAGGCUGGGAUAUGGGGGGGUUUGGAAGACCACAGGCUGGGUCUACACUGUAGUUCUGCUUGCACAUAUGGUGCACACCAAUUACAGGGAGUGUGAUCAGAGCAGUAACAGUGUGGUGGAGAAGUUCGGCAGGGAGCUUCUGGCCUCUUUCCCAGAGGACUCAGUCAUCCUGACCAGAGGAGACCUGCCAGGAAAUUCUCUGCGUUACCUCCACUACUGCCAGGGCGUGCGGCCUGAUGUCCGGCUAGUCGACCAGGAGAUGAUGACUUACUCUUGGUAUGUGGCCAAGGUGGCACUGCACCUCCCUGGCGUCCGCUUUCCUGGCCGCUGGUGGGACCCGGUGCACCGUGAGCAGAAAGACACCUUCAGCCUGGAGCAGUUUCUGUCCCUUAACAAACAGAGGGAUGUGAUAGCCUGCAUAGGGCUGUCUGAUGGAGACCCAAGCUGGGAGCGUAGUUUUACUCGUUGGCCCUUGGGUGUGUGUGACUACUUCGUGCCUGUUCAGAGGCAGUUUCACCCUGAAAAGUGGGCUAAGCGCACUCGAAACAUCUACAACUGGAGUGAGCCUCACAACAGUUUCCAUCCUGCAUCCUGGGAGCGUGUCGCUAACGAAGAGAUGUGGCAAGCCAGGAUGAAGACGGCUUUCUUUUUGUUUGACCUGGCAGAAAGGAUGCAGGGAGACGGGAAAGCGCGCCUCUUCGAGCUGUCUUACACUCUGUAUAAAGAGAUUGUGGGGGCCCACUCAGACUACCCUUCAAACUGGGACAAGAACCUGGCACUUGCAUGUGAAAGGCUGCUCCGCUCAAGUCACCGGGGCUACAGUCCAGAUCACCUGCUGACUUGCAGCACACAGCAUUUUAGUCUCUACUUGGAGAAGGAACCCACUGAUCCACAGGCACCAGCCAUACGCUCAGCCAUUACUCACCUGCUCAAAGAGAGAGACAGGCUGCAUCAGAGCCGGAAGCAAACCCCUUGAUAAGAUCCAGAAAGAUCCACAUAGAGCUGGUACAGUGAGUGUGUUACAAGACCAAACAAACUACAGUAGCCUGGGAAUCAAAUCUGAGGCGAUGUGCCUUUUCUAAACGUUGUAAAUUGGUUCUCCAGAUGGAAACAGACUGGUUUAGUGCUGUUUAGAUCUGAGCUACAACACUCGAAUGUACUUCUUUUGAUAAAUGUUUACAGUUGACCAACAGAAGGACAUGGUAUGACUUCAAGAAGCCUUUUCUGACCUCAAUCAAGCUCUGCCUGCUCCCCUUAAACUCACCCAUUCAGUUUAUCUUUACAUCUUCUUUUUUUUUACUCCCAUUCUUUUUUCAGAGCUUUUAACGUUCUGAUUAUUUUGCCUCAGCCUCUGCUCUAGUUCUCUUUUUCUCACAUUAGGAUGGCAAGGCCGAGAUUGAGGGAAACCCAAUUUGGGGGCAGAAAUGGGGGAUUAAAGCGGCUGUUUAAUCUAGGACAGACUUGCACAUUGCCACGCAGUCCUCACACACCCACCCCUCUAUCCCUCCAUCAGUCUAUCUUGGAUGGUCCUUUAAAUGUUUAAAACUAAUGGAUUCGAUGAGUGUUUUUUUCCCUCUCUUCCUUUCUAACAGGAGGGCUUUAAUCCCUCAUGGAUUUAAAUGAAAUGUGAAAUGUCACAAUGCCAGGAACCCUUUUAGAGGUGUGUUUCUCCGUGCGUGUGUGUUGAUUUUUGUUUGUGUGCACAUGCUUAAAUCUCCACUCAAGCUUUUUCUCUCUUCCAGAGCCACACAUAAACAUAUUCGAUAAACAGAUUGGCACAAUGAAAAGCAAAAUGUUUUGAUCAUUAGAGAAUCACAGAUUCAUGCAAGCACGUACACAUUACAUCAUCAGGUCCCAACUUUCAGGAAAAUGGACUUUUAGCCUUGUGACCAUUGUGGAGAAAGGGUGGAAAACGGACCAAAGGAAGCUUCUUCUACAUCCUAAUGUUUUUCUGACUUUGACUCAUCCUCAGGAUCUGACACCUCAGUCACAGACUACUUUUUUCUUUUUUUUUAAAUAAAUUUUGCUGUUAAUAAGCUGUGUGCCAUUAAAUGUGUCAAGCAGAGGUCGGCAUAUUUCCAUUUGUGUUAUGAAACACUGCUGAAGACGCCUGCUUUUUGAGAUAUGACUCAGAAGCGAAGGACAGUAAGUGCGUGUGUAGUAAUCUGUCCUCUACGUUCGCAGGCCUGGAUAGUGGCUGUCAGCUGGCUGGAUGAUGGGUUCAGUCCUGCUAUAGUGCAGAUGGUUUGAUGUCAUAUAAAAAGUAUAAAUUGUCACUCAGUCAUCUACAGAUUUAAAAUAUUUUAAUAAAGAUUCUUUUUUUCUAA